AUGCACAUUUAUCGUAGUCAAUCUGCCCUAAAUAUUCCUUUUGGACCUGGCAUUACCCGAACAUAUUCAAAACCCUCAUUUGCAACUUAUAUGUGUAGUGGAGGCCAUUGGCCAAGCACUACACCUUGUUGGCCGUAUGCCUUCUCUUAUUAUUACCCCCUUUCGAGUUCGUAUUUUUACUAUUACAAGCCUUGGAGGUUGAAUUAUAAUGCAUAUCGCUAUUACCGAACAUUGGUGUGAUUUUUAUUAAACAAAAAUAUUAUUUUUAAAAAGGCUGAUUCUAAUUGGGAAGAACGUUUUCAUUAUUAUACACCGCCACAAAGAAUUGAUAGAAAUUAUUUAAAAAAUUGG